AUGACGGCUACUGCUAUCCUUCUGAACAUCGCUGUUCUAUGGAUUCUGCUAAAGGAGAAAUCUCCACGAACACCAUUCAAUGUGUACAUUCUUGUGAUGACAUUCAGCCACUUGCUAUACCUUGCCCUCACCCAGCUGAUGACCAUUCUCACCAUUCGCUACACCAACUGGCUAUUACAUCCUCCUGUGUGUACGCUGCAUCUGUAUUGUCGCUACGUCAUCGUGGUCAUCACGGUGCACAAUCAUGGGAUUAUUACGCUGAAUCGUCUGUGGGCGCUCUUCUGGCCGCAUUCAUACCGUCAACAUCACACUUACACAGUAGCGUGGUUAAUCUGCUUCACUAUGGUAGUGUACGUCCACGUUAUCUCCUUGCCGGGAAUCAUUCUGGAUGCGGUCUAUUAUCGUCCGCCCGGUAGUGUGUGCCGGAUCAACGCCGCCGCGCAGCAUGGUUGGACCAUCUUCACGGAGAUUGUCGCGUUUGAUGUACCAAAACUAUUCGUUCCGCUGUGCUAUCCGCUGCUGUUAUGGAAGUUUGGUAAUACUAUUCACGAUCAAAGCUAUAACCGCAUUUACGAGCAAAAGCUUGACUACCAUGCUAUUCCGCUGUAUAAGUACCCGUCUUUCAAGAGGAAUGUUCUUAUUCUUAAAGAAAACGGCGCCGUAGCGUACUGCAGCACUCAUUCGGAAUCUACUUCGAGCUAA